AGCGUCAUGUGUGCGGGAGGAGUGUGUGCACUGCCCUGGCCUGGUGUGUGUGCAGUCCUACUCUAUGUUGUGGGUAGAGUGCGUUUGUUUGCUGUGGCUGCCAGCAAGUGUCAGGGAGUUUCUGAGCAAACUAGUUUGGGGGUAGCAAGGGUGAUGAAGUGGGGCUUUCUCAAGCUUGAGUCCCCCUCCAACUUGAGACAGCAGCCUGGCUCCUUCAGGCUUGGGAGAGGACACUUCCUCUUUUUCGAAAGGCAGGAAAUAGUGCCCCUAAGGGUGCCGUGGGCAAGAUGCCAGGGUUGCAGUGGGGUGGAGAGAACAUAAAUGGAUUUUGCUGUUUCAUUUUCAGGUUUUACUCGGAGAAGCUGCCCUGGUUGCUGGUAGCCGCUGGAGUGAGCCUCUUCUCACUGUCUUCUUUUAAGAGUCAUCUGUGUCCAGGAAGCAGAAGAUUUCUUGGUGUCCACAGAUGCCCCAGUCGAGCCUGCAUCCAUCUAUCCCACGUCCCAGGGGUCAUGGGGCCCAGAAGGCAGCCUUGGUCCUGCUGGUUGUCUGCCUGAUGGCCCUUUGGGGGCUGGGGGAGCCCCCAGAGCACACUCUGCGGUGCCUGGUGCUCCACCUGGCCUCCCUGCAGCUGGGCCUUCUGUUGAAAGCGGCCUGCAGUCUGGUGGAGGAGCUGUGCCACAUUCACUCCAGGUACCAGAGCAGCUACUGGAAGGCUAUACGGUCCUGCUUGGGCUGUCCCAUCCGCCAUGGGGCCCUGCUGCUGCUGUCCGGCUAUUUCUAUUACUCCCUCCGGAAUCUGGUGGACCUGCCCUUCUCGUGGAUGCUUGCCCUCUUGGGUCUCUCCCAGGCAUUGAACAUCCUCCUGGGCCUCCAGGGCCUGACCCCAGCUGAGGUCUCUACCAUCUGUGAAAAAAAGAAUUUGAACGUGGCCCAUGGGUUGGCAUGGUCGUAUUACAUUGGGUACCUUCGGCUAAUCCUGCCAGGGCUCCAGGCCCGGAUCCAAGCUUAUAAUCAGCUUCACAACAACACACUGUCUGGCAUGGGGAGCCGACGGCUGUAUAUCCUCUUCCCACUGGACUGCGGGGUACCUGAUGACCUGAACAUGGCUGAUCCCAACAUUCGCUUCCUGCAUAUGCUGCCACAACAGAACACAGAUCGGGCUGGAAUCAAGGGUCGGGUUUACAGCAACAGUGUCUAUGAGAUUCUGGAGAAUGGGCAUCGGAACCUGUUGAGGGAAGCAGCUUCUCGCUAUCACAAGAAGUUCUCCGGCACCUACGGCAGGAGGACAGGGAGGAGGUCGCGGUGGGCAGCUCCAGGUCCUCAUCUGGGCCCAGCUUCUCCUGCACGCUGUCACAGGAGCCUGAGCUUCUCAUCAGUGGCAUGGAGCAGCCUCUCCCACUGCGCACUGAUAUCUUCUGAGCCCAGGAAACUCCAGGAGAGCUGGCCCCACCCCCACUACGUCCCAGCACUCCCUCUCUCUUCUCCACUAUGGACAGAGCCUCCCUGGAGUGGCUGCCUGCCCGCUACAUCCCCAGCUGACAUGGGCAACAUUGGAGCCGUGCAGCUGUGCUGCGCCAUCCUGGGCUUCCUCCUGCUCCAAGACAGACCUCAAGAUGCUAUUCCCAAAUCAACCACCAUGGCCCUGAGGACAAGGGAGGACUUGAGCAUCCUGCCCACCCCCACAACACAGACGGUGCUCACGGUGGCUGCAUUUGGGGUCAUCAGCUUCAUUGUGGUCCUGGUGGUUGUGGUAAUUGUUCUGGUCAGCGUGGUCAGUCUAAGGUUUAAGUGUCGGAAGAACAAGGAGUCUGAAGAUCCCCAGAAACCAGGGAAUUCAGGACUAUCUGAAAGCUGCUCCACAGCCAAUGGAGAGAAAGACAGUAUCACCCUCAUCUCCAUGAAGAACAUCAACACCAAUAACAGCAAGGGAUGCCCCUUGGCCUAGAAGGUUCUUUAAGAGUGACUUUGGGUCCCCGUGGACCUAAGGAUGAUGCAGCUGACGUAUGCCUGUGAAGCGAUGGGAUUGGUAGAGGCUACAGACUACACGGAAGUGUCUGCUCAGAUAUAAAGGACUCCGGCCUGCCUCCAGAUCGGGCAGGCAAUUUUUCCCUAGAUGGCCAUUGUAGGGACACAGUCUGCUUUCUGCCUCCUCGAAGUCAUAGAAAAGGGGAAUUGAGAGAGCAAGGAAAAUGACUGAUCUUCUCUGCUUUGCAUUAAAAUUAUUUUCUGGCCUGCAGUCUGGCUUCUGUUCAGGUCAUGUGCCCAUGUUCCUUUCUUCACAGGGCCACUGUUUCCCAGGCCAGCCAUACAUGCAAAUUUCUGCCUCAGUGGACAAAUCUCUGAGAAACCUGAAUAGUCAGGGGGAUUUUCUGUCAGGUCUACCUCUGUUCCCUGCUGUAUUACAGAGAGUCCAGGCCACAGACUACCCACUGAGAUCAAGUUGGGAAGCAAGGGCUGGGAACAACAACUGGUCAUCACCAGUAAAGAAGUCUUAAAUGCACCAAGUGAGAACAGGGAGGCCUGGCAUAUUUUGACUAUGAAACUUUAAUGGUGGGAGCUGAAUGAUCUGAGGGUAAAUGUCCUUGGCUUGCUCCAGGGCAAACUGGCAUCACUUUGGUCCUAGUCACGGGAUGAAAACUGAGAAAGUAUGCUGCAAGGACAGG